CAUGUUAUAAAGCCAUUGGUACAAGAAAAUGUACUAUAUGCCUUUAACAAAACUCCCAACAGAUCAGUGCUUUGUCAUCCCCCAAGCCCCAACUUCCUUAUAUUGCUGCUGACGACCCAUUGCUGCACUGCUUUAUGUGUUUAUCUACUGGUAGUGACGAGAUAUGUAUCUCAUAUAAAACCACACUGCUAACAUACUGCGGGACUGCUCUAACUUCUGCCUUGCACACUGUUAAAGACUAUAAUGGAGCCAAUGAAUUCACUUCAGACUGCAGACAUUCAGUCACAGCCCGCUGUCCCACUGCCUCCCUCUAUCUGUGUUCCUCCCAAACUGAGAGAUGGCGAGUGUUACCAUGUCUUCAUUAGCUACAGCAGCACUGACUACCAGUGGACCCACUCCCUCAUCAACCAGCUGGAGUCCUGCAGCCUGCAGAUCUGUUACCAUGACCGUGACUUCAUUCCUGGCCGCACCGUGUUGGAGAACAUGUCCGACUGCAUCCAGGAGAGCCAGAAGGUCCUGCUGGUUCUCAGCCCAGAGUUUGUGAGGAGCCGAUGGUGUCUCCUGGAGGCCAACAUGUCUCUGUUCAGAGACUGCCUGGAGAGGAAGCCCAUCGUCCCAGUGCUGCUGGAGCCAGGAGUCUCUGUUCCUCUCCACAUCUGCCACCUCACCUACCUGGAGGCCAACGACCCCAACUUUAUGAAUAAACUGCUCAAGGUGCUCUGCACCCCAAACCAGCAGCUUCAAGGGUCCACUGUGGUGCCCUUCCAGCCUCCCUCUAUCUACAACGGGAAGGCCCUGCAGCCUUUGACUGCUGUCAAUGAUGAGGGACUCUAUAAAUGGGAUGCUGGUCAGUUCAGUGACAUGGACGUGCCAGACCAACUGCGCCUGAUCAUUGAGGACCAAGGGAAGUACAGAACAGCUGUGAGGAUGAUCAAUAGUGUCUCUCAAAAUGAAGUGUGGCUGCGCCCACUCUGGGUUAGAGUACUGAUCUACAUAACUGGUGUAAUAUUUUGUUUACUCUUGGCAGCAUUUUCUACAUAUAUGAGCCUUAUAGUCAUUGUUUGCAUUUAUUUGCCCGAGUAUAUAAACGCAUCCUCUGUUGGAGUAUGGGUGCUCACUAUUUCUAGUCUCUACUUUGUUUCAUUGGGGUUGAUUAUUCAGAUUUGUCUCUGGAAGAAGGAUGAUGAGAAGUACAUAGUGAGGAAGAUGCAGAAAGCUCUUGGUCAAGCAAACACAAUCCUCUCUGAGGAGAAGGUGUUAAUGGGCUGUCAGUCCAAUUCAAAAAUCUAUCUGGUGUAUGUUUCUCUGGACGGUUGCAAACAAGAGUUUGCAGAAACAUUUUCUGAGCAGGCUGGUGCUGAGGAUAUGUUUCAAAGAGCUCUGAUCUUUUUCUCGUCAGGUUAUGCCUGCUGCCUUGCUAAAAGACACUUUCCCUUUCCCCUGCCCAGCUCCACUGGUCACCUGGAGGGAGGGGUGUGUUUCUGUCAGUAUGUCUCCCAGCAGCUGAGUUCAAAGCAAUGGAAAUAGCAGUAACAGUAUGGCCCUGGAAUGGACCUGCAAUUUACGAUUAAGUCAGUACCAGUAGUGAUUCAAGACAAACAUUAUUAGAAAUAUUUUAUAAUGACCCCAACAUUUUUCCAAAGCAAUUAAUUCCCUUUUUAUAGCAUAUAAAUUUAAAUUGAGUUGCCUUGAAUAAAACAUACACAACAAUGCUGAAGCUGUUGGUGACAAAAAGGAAGGGGUUAAUGCAGGGAAGGCUGUUUGUUUUGUUUUGUCAUCUCUCAAUCUUUCUCGCUGUUAACAUUUCAAGCUUUAUUAAUAAAGAUCAAGUGACUGAUUUACAUUCUCA